AAUGCGUAACGUAUUACGUCACGCGUAACAUACGCAACGACGUCUUUUUACGUCGGAACUUGUGUUUUGAACUGUUUGAAWCGGCAGAUAAGCUUCGGCAAACGGUUACGUGCUGAUUUUUUCAUCUCAAAUGUUAUUUUUGUCAUAUCAAAGUGAGAGUUAGUUGGUGUGUUGGUGGAGAAGAAAGGUGAUGUCUGAGGUUAAAGUUAACCUGACUAAAGCAGAAGCAGGAACACAGGAUGACCCUGCUGGACCACGUCCUGAUCCUGUGAGAACAACUUGCACUGAUGGGCCAGACCUGCAGGGCUCCUCUUCAACAGAUGUCAGCCCUUCACCUUCUGCUGAGCCCAGCAGCUUGUUGUCAUUACCUUGGGAGAUCUUAACKAACAUUGCUUCAUAUCUUCCUGCUCAGUGCGUCAUCAAUGUGUUGCCAAAGGUCUGUCAUCUGUUGAGUACUGUGAGCGAGGACAGCACUGCUUGGCAGCUACGAGCACAAAGACUAAUCGGGUCAAAAGCCAGCUUUCCCGUAGGACCGAGGGAGGACUUUGACUGGCCCGCAGCUUGCCUGGAGAUAGAGAAGCUAAUAACCUUCUGGACAGGUGAAGCACAACAUAAGGCUAGGCAGACCCAAGCGAAGGAGGAGGAGCGAGAUCGAGUGAGACUGAGGGGGCCAGUCGAAGAGGAACAGGACGCUGCCGGAGAGGAGGAGCUACAAGAGGUGGGAGGGCCAGCGCAGGAAGUAGCUUAUGGUGCUGAUGAAGGCGUAGAGGUAGUGGUAGAGGCAGAGGAUGGUGAAAUGCCGCCAGACAUAGAUGGAGACCAAUUGGCAAGACUGAGGAUUGAAUUAGAAGACAGGCUGGGGGAUGGUGCAGGAGAGUUGAUGGAAGAUGGAAGAAUGGCUUUAAAUGCUAAUGGGGGGCAAGAUGCAGGUCUUCUUGAUCAGAACAACUUCAUGAACUGGGAUAAUGAAGAACAAGCAGAUGUUAUCAACCAACAAGUCUCAAGAAGGCCUAGCCCACCCCCAGCAUUGGAGUGCAUUACCCUCCCUAUAAGCCACAUCACCAAAAUCAACUCAGUCCUCUUCCUUGACAGGGAGGGGGGUGUCUGUGCCACAGCUUCCAGGGACUGGAAUGUGAAAGUGUGGGAUGUGCAGGCCGGCUCUAAUGGCACCCUGCUGUACACGCUGGGAAGGCAGGGGGACUUCAGCUCCCAUCGAGGCUGGGUGUGGUGCCUGGCAUCGAAGGGUCCCCUACUGGCCUCGGGGGGCUUUGAUAGCACAGUGAGGCUGUGGGAUCUGCAGGCUGGCGGUGCCGACAGGGGCCUUAUCAGGACUGGAGCUGCUGUCCUCUGCUUGUCCUAUCAGCCUGAUGUGUUGCUGGCUGGUACCUUUGACAAGAGCAUCAGCAUGUAUGACACCAGAGCUGCUGAACCACUGAUUAAAAGCCUCCGUCUCCAUGGUAAUGCUGUACUGUGCCUAGCUGCAGAUGACAAAUACAUCAUCUCUGGGAGCCAUGACUGCACUGUGGCUGUGUAUGACCGCAGGGCAGGCAAACGCUUGAAGAAAACACAGCUCAGGUCCUAUCUGCUGUCCAUGAGCUACAGCGGUUCUGAGGUCUGGGCAGGAGACAACAGAGGUCUGCUGCACUCCUUUUCCAUGCAGGCUGGGUCUUUGAAGCUCCUGUCCCAGUUUGACGUGGGACACACAGCUCUGGUCACGGGUAUUCACCGGUCUCUGGGAAGCCUCUACAGCUGCUCGUCUGAUGGAACAGUCAAAGUUCACAUCCCCUGUGCUCCUCCAAGGACUUUAUGUACUCUGAAUUAUCCAGCUUGUGUCCACGGGAUGAGUGUGGAGGAUGGAGUCCUCGCCUUGGCCUCCGGUGAAGGUAUUGUGGACGUCUGGAGACCCAGAAAAUAAACCUGCAAGAUCUGCACACCAUGGCAGGCUGAAGAACAUAGGUCUUUAAAAAAAUGAGGAAAUAGUUUAAAUCUGAACUUUUUGCAUAACCUUAAUGCAAACGCCUUUGAAACCUAAUGCUUCACCUAUAUUUCAGUAUAUCAUAUGAAGAUAUGAAGAAUGUGAAAUCGACAAAGCAGUAAACGUUGUAAAACUGAUUCGUGUGUUCUUGAAACUUGGUGGUGGGUUUACUAUCUCAUGUUUGUUUAACUUUUUUAUGACUGAUAUAAAUUGAUUUCAAAUAUUUCACUGCAGAUACACUUUAUUUGUUAUAUUUAAGAAAUGUUAGAAUUUCUGACUUACUGUUGUACAACUGAGUUGAAGUCAAAAGCAUUUGAGUGUUUAUAUCUUUCUUUUGUCCUUUUGUAUAUAUUAAGUGAAGUAAUUGCUUCUUUUCUUUGGUACUAAUUGUGCCAUUAAAUCUUCUGAAAAUCCAA